AUGACUAAUAAAUCUGAGAAACCUGAGAUACUUAAGAAAUUCAAGAAAUUUUUGAUCGUAAUAUUCAGGAAAAAUGGGAAAAAUGGUAAAAAUGAAAAAGAAAAAGAAAAAUUCGAUCAAAAUCAACAAAUUGGAUCGGAAUCGGAAUUAAGAAAAAAAUACAGUGAUCUUGAGACAAAAAAUAAUAAUUUAAGAUCAGAAAUCGAUUCCUUAAAGAAUGAAAACAGUGGUCUUGAGACAAAUAAUAAUAAUUUAAGAUCAGAAAUCGAUUCCUUAAAGAAUAAAAACAGUGAUCUUGAGACAAAUAAUAAUAAUUUAAGAUCAGAAAUCGAUUCCUUAAAGAAUAAAAACAGUGAUCUUGAGAAUAAAAGUCAAUUAUUAAAGAAAGAAAAUGGUACUUUAGAAUCAGAAAUCGAUUCCUUAAAGUUGAAAAUCAAUACCGCGUUAUCAACAAACAAUGAUCUUGAGAAAGAAUGUCAAUUAUCAAAGGCAGAAAAUGGUACUUUAAGAUCAGAAAUCGUUUCCUUAAAGUUGAAAAUCAAUACCGUGUUAUCAACAAACAAUAAUCUUGAGAAAGAAUGUCAAUCAUUAAAGACAAAAAAUAGUUCUUUAGAAUCAGAAAUCGAUUCCUUAAAGUUGAAAAUCAAUACCGC